AAGGGAUUAAAUGGGACCUGCAAGUGGACCCAUUCAAUCCUGUACUAUUUGUCUGUAUUCGUUUUACUUUCGUAAGCACUACCAUUAUCCACCAUUAUCCCCAUCCCCAAGGCUGUCUUUCUACAAAAAAUCAGACCAUCUCUCACUGUCAUUCUCUCUCUCUCUAGAAUUUCCAGCACACACAGAGUCAGAUACAUCGUAUUCACGUGACUGUGCAUGCCCCUACCAACACACCUUAAUACCCAUUAAUACCAUCACAUCUCAACCCCAUCCCUUACCAUAAACCACUCCACGUACCCUUCCCUUAUUGCUUCCCAGAACACCCUAGAGUUUCACUUGAAAUAGAAGAAAAAACCAAAGUUGGAUUGUGAGAAAUUGGGAAUCAUCAUCUUACCGGCGAUGAGUAACGCUGCUGAAACCACCGUCAGGCACUUGCCGGAGGAGAUCCUGUUGAAGGUGUUCUCCGGGGUUAGUGAUACCCGGACGCGGAACUCGCUCUCGCUUGUUUGCCGGAGCUUCUACUGCUUCGAGCGCAGGACGCGCUCCUCCCUCACGCUCCGGGGAAUCGCGCGUGACCUCUACUUGAUCCCGACCUGCUUCGCGCACGUCACGCACCUCGACUUGUCGCUCCUCUCGCCGUGGGGCCACGCGCUGCUCUGCUCGUCCUCCACCGCCGACCCUCACCACCUUGCCCAACGCCUCCGCGACGCCUUCCCGCGCGUGACCUCGCUCGUCGUCUACGCGCGCGAACCGACCACGCUCCACCUUCUCCUGCUCUCUCCCUGGCCGGAGCUCCGCCAUGUUCGCCUUGUCCGAUGGCACCAGCGCCCGCCGUCGUCGCCAGCUGGAUCUGACUUCGCGACUUUGUUCUCGCGCUGCCGAUCGCUCACCUCGCUGGAUCUCUCCGCCUUCUACCACUGGCCGGAGGAUCUCCCGCCUGUCCUGACAGCGAACCCCGCCGCCGCCGCAUCUCUACGGCGGCUGAACCUCCUAAAGACGUCGUUCACGGAGGGCUUCAAGUCUCACGAAAUCGAAUCCAUCACCGCAUCUUGCCCUAACCUGGAGCACUUUCUCGUGGCCUGCACUUUCGAUCCGAGAUACAUAGGGUUCGUCGGUGACGAGACGCUGUCGGCGAUCCCUUCCAAUUGCCCCAAGCUCUCGCUCCUUCACCUUGCUGAUACGUCAUCGUUUUCGAACCGGAGCGACGAUGACGGUAACGGCGGGGAGGACGCGAGGAUUAGCCACGAGACGCUGGUGGCGUUGUUCUCCGGGCUUCCCCUUUUGGAAGAGCUGGUGCUAGAUGUUUGUAAAAAUGUCAGAGAGAGUAGUUUUGCUAUGGAGGUUUUGAGUAAGAAGUGUCCCAAUUUGAGGGUUCUCAGGUUGGGUCAGUUUCAGGGGAUUUGCUUGGCCAUUGGGUCAAAGCUCGAUGGAAUUGCCCUUUGCCAAGGGCUUCGAUCCUUGUCCAUUCAUGGCUGUGCGGACCUCGAUGACAUGGGGUUGAUUGAGAUUGCAAGAGGUUGUUCCAGGUUGGUUCAGUUUGAGCUUCAGGGCUGCAAGCUUGUCACGGAGAAAGGGUUGGGGACCAUGGCUUGCUUGCUUCGUAAGACUCUUGUGGAUGUCAAGGUUUCUUGCUGUGUCAAUCUCGACACCGCGGCGGCACUCAGAGCUCUGGACCCUAUCCGGGACCGGAUUGAGCGGCUUCAUGUGGAUUGCGUGUGGAAUGGCUUGAAGGACAGUGAUGACAACAUGGGAGGUGGUCUUCUCAAUUUUGACCUGAAUGACCCCAAUGGUGGUGCUGAAAUCAUGGAUUGCUUUGGGGAUGAGGAAUGUGAAGACCCAAGCAAAAGGAAGAGGCAGAGAUGCGAGUAUGGACUAGAGGGUGAUGAUUCCUUGGUGCAAAGCAAUGGCAAUGGUUACUAUGGCAAGAACUGGGACAGGCUGCGUUAUCUCUCUCUUUGGAUAAAGGUUGGUGAUCUUCUGAAUCUCUUACCGGUGGCAGGGUUGGAGGAUUGCCCUAACCUGGAAGAGAUUCGUGUGAAGGUUGAAGGAGAUUGCAGGGGGCAGCCAAAACCAGCUGAGAGUGAAUUUGGUCUCAGCAUCCUGGCUUGUUAUCCACAGCUAUCAAAGAUGCAGCUGGAUUGUGGUGAUACAAGAGGCUAUGUGCUCACAGCGCCUUCAGGGCAGAUGGAUCUGAGCUUGUGGGAGAGGUUUUUUCUCAAUGGGAUUAGUAGUUUGAGUCUGAAUGAGCUUCAUUACUGGCCACCACAAGAUGAGGACGUAAACCUGAGGAGUGUUUCACUUCCAGCUGCCGGCUUACUUCAAGAAUGUUACACCCUGAGGAAGCUUAUCAUUCAUGGGACAGCUCAUGAACAUUUCAUGAAUUUUUUCCUCAAGAUCCCAAACCUGAGGGAUGUGCAGCUGCGAGAGGAUUAUUAUCCAGCACCGGCAAGUGACAUGAGCACGGAGAUCAGGGUGGGUUCAUGCAGCCGCUUUGAAGAUGCAUUAAACAGGCGUCAUAUCUGUGAUUGACUUGUAACAGUGCUCAAGCCUAUACGAUGAAAUUGCUAUGCAGAGAGACCGAGAGAGAGAAAAUAAGUUCUUAAGGAUAAAGUUGUUCCUGCUACUUAUUAACAUCAUCCAAAUGUGUAUCUUAUCUGUUUCCUUCCCUCUUUUUUUACACUUGUAACAAUGAGGGAUCGCCCAAUCUUUGUGUCAAGAAUAAAUCAUUUCAUACUCGAACUAGAAA